AUGACUGACGAAUCCGCGACGACGACGACGACGCAGACGAAAGAGGCGGCGAUCGACGAGCUGCUGCGCUAUCGCGACGCGGUGGCGAACGGCGAGGCGACGUUCGCGGACGUCGCGAAAAAGGUGAGCGAUUGCAGCAGCGCGAAGCGGGGAGGAGAUUUAGGGGAAUUUGGACCGGGACAGAUGCAAAGGGCGUUCGAGGACGCGACGUACGCGCUGAAGAUUGGCGAGAUGAGCGAGGCGGUGGAGACGGAUUCGGGCGUGCACGUCAUCUUGCGCACGGGGUGAGCGACGCGCAAAAUAUCGAUCGUGUAAUCAUGAAAAAGAUACCGCGCGGUGUGCGCGAGUCG